CCCUCCCUCCUGCUGGAAUACCACCUCAAUCCAUAACAAGAUGGCCUCCAUGUCAGUGGACCCGGUGACGGAGCCACGGAUGUACCAGCAAACGCUCCUACAAGAUGGACUCUGUGAUCUCCUGGAUGCAAACAAGUUUGUGGACUGCAUUUUGAAGAUUAAGGACAAAGAGUUUCCUUGCCAUCGGCUAGUGCUGGCCGCUACCAGCCCAUACUUCAAAGCCAUGUUCCUGUCAGACCUGGAGGAGAGCAAAAAGCGGGAGAUUGUUCUAAAGGACAUCGAACCUGGCGUCAUGGGAAUGAUCCUGAGGUACAUUUACACCUCGGAUAUCAACCUAACAGAGCAGAACGUCCAGGACAUUUUCAUGGCGGCCAACAUGUAUCAGAUCCCAUCGAUCUUUAGCGUGUGUGUGUCGUAUCUCCAGCAAAAGCUGGUUCUCAGUAAUUGUCUGGCUAUCUUCAGGCUGGGACUCUUGCUGGACUGUCCACGUUUGGCCAUGGAGGCACGGGACUUCAUUUGCGACCGGUAUCUCCUGAUCAUCAGAGACCAAGACUUCCAUCAGUUGGGUCCCAGUGAGUUGGCUGCGAUCAUCACAUGUGACUCCCUGAAUGUGGAGCGAGAAGAGUCUGUCUUUGAAUCUCUCAUGGACUGGGUGGAGUACGACACAGAUGAGAGAACUAAAGAACUACCCGAACUUCUACACUGUGUACGUUUCCGUCUCAUGCCGACAAGUUACUUUAAAGAGAAAGUCGAGGGGCACCGAUUGAUUAGGACCAAUCAGGAGCUCAAGAAGGAACUCCAGUUGAUUAAGGAUGCACAGAAAGGACUGCUUCACAGGGUCAAAAGGUCAUCACACAGGAAGGAAGGGAAGUCUGCUGAGUUUGAGUCUGACGAUGACGAUGAGGACGGUUUGCUGCCAGGGAUCCUAAAUGACAACCCACGUUUUGGGAUGUUUCAGUCGGACCUUAUAUUGAUGAUUAACGAUGCAGGAACUGUUGCGUAUGAUGUUGGUGCAAACGAGUGCUUUGUGGCAUCUUCAUCCACAGAGAUCCCUAAGAACCACUGCAGUCUUGUGACGAAGGAAAAUCAGAUCUUUGUCGUUGGAGGUCUGAGAUACAACGAGGAGAACAAAGAUCAGCCCUUCAGUUCAUACUUUCUUCAGUUUGAUCCCAUGAGCUCUGAAUGGCUAGGGAUGCCGUCACUCCCAAACCCUCGCUGUCUGUUCGGCCUGGUGGAGGCUGAGAACUCCAUCUAUGUGGUGGGAGGAAAAGAGCUGAAGGAGGGAGAGCGUGCACUGGAUUCUGUUAUGAUCUACGACAGACAGUCAUUCAAAUGGGGAGAGUCGGACCCUCUUCCUUAUGCAGUUUAUGGCCAUGGAAUCGUUUCCCACAAAGGAUUGGUCUACGUGAUUGGUGGGAAAACUGAGAGCAAGAAAUGUCUGAGGAGAGUGUGUGUCUACGACCCCUCGAAGUUUGAAUGGAAGGAUCUGGCACCUAUGAAAACAGCCCGCUCUCUGUUCGGCACUGCUGUUCACAAAAACAAAAUCUACGUGGUGACUGGAGUCACUGACAACGGCCUGACUAGCACAGUGGAGGUCUAUGACAUCGCUAGCAACUCCUGGUCAGAGUUUGUGGACUUCCCUCAGGAGAGAAGCUCUCUUAACCUGGUUGAACUUGGUGGCUUUUUAUACGCUAUCGGUGGGUUUGCUAUGAUGCCUAAUGAGACUACAGAAAAGCUGGAGCCCACUGAAAUGAACGACAUAUGGAAGUUUGAUGAGGAGGAGAACUGCUGGAACGGGAUCCUGAGGGAGAUCCGCUAUGCUGCAGGGGCCACAGUGCUUGGAGUGCGACUGAAUACCUUGAGACUUACAAAGAUCUGAUCUACAGCUGUUAUCUGUAGACAAAGAACCAGAAAAAGACAAUGCCCAUGACUCCAAAAACACAGGCGCUCAAACACGU